UCAGUCGCCAGUGGGUGCCUGCGCCUCCUCCCUGCCAGGCGCUUCCUCCGUCCCUCCCUCCCCCGCCACCCCUGCCAGCCCUGUGUCUUGCUGCGGCCUGUAGGGAAUGUAUUUGAACUUGUGCUCGGGGUGCUCCUUGACGAAGUCCGCGUACACGCAGUCGUAAAACAGGAACCGCUCCUUCUCUAUCUGCGCUCUCUCCUCGCGACUCGGCGGCUGCUCGUCGGGCGGCUGCCGGGUGGCCUCCCUCUCCUCGAGGUACUUCUGCCACCUGUGGCGGAUGUUGCAGUGCUCGUUGAGCACCUUCAUCUUGUGCAUCGUGUACACGGCGUUGCGGAGGUCCGUCUCGUUGCGAUAAAUGAAGCUGCGAGUCAGCCAGCUAUCGCCCCGCAGCUGCUCCCAUCCCACACACAUGAAAACAAGAGCAGAGCACAGGUAAAGAGGGCACAAUGCACGUGUUAUUGCAAGCAGAUGAGUGACGUUUCUCACCUCCAGCCCGUGCCUCUCGAGUGCUUGGACGAGCAUCUCCAGCCGCCGCUGCCGCUGGCUGAUUUCCUUCCUGAACCUCUUGGCGUUCCUCUCGAUCUGCUCCAGCCUCUCAGGGUCGUCCUUGUACUUCUCAACCGCCUCGCGAUAGACAUCGUCAAGCGCAUACGACUUCUCACCGCUGUCCUCCUUCUCAAGGAAAUACUUCCUGAUGGGACGCACCAAGCCACACACACACACACACGGACAGACACACGCGCAUUCGAAGCUAUGCGCCAAUAUGUGAGCUGUCGUCCGUCUGUUGUCUAUCUGUCUGUUGGCUUACUUUUUGACCAUGGCAGCGUCCAUGCGGUCAAAGGGGAGGGAGAUCAGCGGCUUCUCAUAGAGUGCAUUGUCCAUCGACGGCGACAGCGUCGCGGGCGCAGCUGACAGCCUGACGAGCUGCCGUCGUGGUGAAGCGCGUUGCAGCGAAAGGCUGCGGCCAGCAGGAAGACCUCUUAGAGCCGGCCGGCGGAAGGCGAGGCACACAGGGCAGCACAGUAGCAGAAAUAUCAGAACAUCCAUAUCGGUUCUUCCUGCGAUCCUUUCACAGGGCAGACGUCACUGCAGAUCUCUACCUCGAGAUCCUGGAACGGCGAGC